AUUCAAAAAAUCAAUUCUUCAGGCCUCAGUGCAGCUACAUGAAAACAAUAAUGUGCAGGUGUCAUCGGCUGACAGAUUAGAAUAAAUGAAACAAAAACAAGUGUAGUAACGUGUUUACUAUUGGCAUUUCAUUCAUGUCAUUAUGAGCCUAUGGAUUUUAAAAAUCAGUUUGUGGUUCUUGCUAGGUACAGCAACUUGUACGUUAUCUCCACCAACUGAUAAACAUAGACGAGAUAAGGGAAAAGUUGAGAGCAAGAAAGGACCAGUGAAUCAAAAUGUCUUUGAUCGAGGUCUUGUCGUCCAAGAGCCUAAGCCCAUUGACAUUUUACGUGAGUCUGGGCUGUACUACAAGGAUACAAAUUUUCGACAGUUCACUGGUGAAGUGUUGGGAUACAUAACACCGUGGAAUGCGGAUGGCUCAGAAAUAUCUAAAACAUUCCACGGAAAAUUGACAACCGUUUCUCCAGUAUGGUUGAGUCUUCCUCGAGGGAAUGUUAAAAAAUUUCAAAUACCCACCCACGAUGUUCAAAAAAAAUGGCUGAAAGAAAUGAAAUCGCUGAAUGAUGGUAACCAUACUGUAAGGAUCUUACCUCGAUUAUUAUUCGAAGAGUGGACUCCCGAUGAGAUAGCAACCCUCAGUAACGACAACCAGAAAAAAACACAGCUGGUGUCUGCACUUGCUGAGACAGCUAAAGCAUUCCAAUUUCACGGUUACGUUUUAGAAAUUUGGAACCAGUUCGUUUUCACUGGAGUAAAAACAAAAGUUGUCGUUAAUUUAAUAAAAUUCCUGGGUAAAAGACUCAAGAGUAAAAAUUUAGAAGUCAUUUUGGCUAUCCCACCAGCAAGAGGCCCUGAAAAUCAAAUAUUUUCUCAAGCGUACUUCGAGGAACUAGCGUCUCAUGUUGACUAUUUUUCUUUGAUGACAUAUGAUUUUUCAAACUUUCAACGGCCCGGACCCAAUGCUCCUCUGGAGUGGGUCAGAGAGUGUGUCGAGAAACUAGUUCCCGAUGACGAUGAUCCCAGGAGAUCACAGAUUCUCAUGGGACUGAACUUCUAUGGAAAUAAUUAUGCUCCAGAAGGUGGGGCACCUAUUCUGGGUUCGCAGUACCUGAAAAUACUUGAAUCAUACAAAGGAAAAAUUCAGUGGGAUGAUAGAAGCAAGGAACACUUUUUUGAGUCAAAAUCACCAGGAAGUGGAUUUAUUUUCUAUCCAACAUUAUACUCCCUACAGCAACGAAUUGAUCUUGCUAGGGAGCUUGGAACAGGUUUAUCCAUCUGGGAGCUUGGUCAGGGCCUAAAUUACUUCUACGAUCUCCUAUAAGUAGUAGUCCAACCUCAUCAGAUGAAAGUAAUGAGUGAGCAAUACAAAAUAGACUUUAAUAAGAAAACAAAUGUAAAGGAUUUCUAUACAUAAAUCUUAAAAACUCAGAUAUUCAAGUGAAAUAUACAAUUAGUCUUAUAA